CAGAGCGCAGUUGUUCGCUGUCCAGUCCAGUGCGGUGUUUGCAAAUAUCUUGAACACAAGCAGAGAGAGCAGAGAGAGAAGGAGGGGGACGGACGAUCCGCUCUGACUGCAGCCGAAAACAAGCGCUACUUCGCAUGCGAGAUACGACAGGAGAUACACGCUACCUUUUCAUCCUCGCUUUACGCAUCUCCACUGGGUGUUUUAUACUCUUUACGCGCAGCUAAUUUAGGCUUUUUCUAACCAAUCUCGGGAAAAUGGAUGUUCUACCGAUGUGCAGCAUCUUUCAAGAACUUCAAAUAGUUCACGACACGGGCUAUUUUUCAGCCUUACCAUCCUUGGAGGAGUACUGGCAGCAGACAUGUUUGGAGUUGGAACGCUACCUUCAGAGUGAACCCUACGUGUCCACGACAGACCUGAAGUUUGAUGGACAGGAGGACCUCUGGAGCAAGUUGAUUUUGGCAUGUGGGGACAAGACCAAGGGCGAGUGUGACCCAAAGAUCCCCGUGGUGACGCAGGACGAGGACAAUCAGGACAGCGGGCUGUUGGACAGCCACAGCGUGCACUCGGACGCCAGCAGCGAGGCCUCAGACAGUUCGGAGGAGCUCUCCCCGACUCAUAGCUUUAGCUCCAACCCGCUGGGCUCUGUGCUGGUGGGCUCUGGACCUUUUAGCCCGUCUGUGAUCAGCACGCCGCCGUCCUCUCCGGAGGCCCACACGGAGCCCGGGCCUGUGUCCAACGGCUGGAUGGCGGCGCACGGGGAGUUGCACUUGCCGGUGAAAAUCCGGAGCGGCGGAAUGACCAAAGGGUCGGAUAAGAGCGGACUCAUCUCCGGGGACGCGUCUCCGGACGGUCGGAGGAGGAUUCACAGGUGUCAGUUCAACGGCUGUCGCAAAGUUUACACGAAGAGUUCCCACCUCAAAGCACACCAGCGCACCCACACAGGUGAGAAACCGUACAGGUGUUCAUGGGAGGGAUGUGAAUGGCGUUUUGCACGGAGCGACGAGCUGACCAGACACUUCAGGAAGCACACUGGGGCAAAGCCAUUUAAAUGCAGUCACUGUGACAGAUGUUUCUCCAGGUCUGACCAUCUGGCCCUCCACAUGAAGAGGCACAUCUAAACAGGGCAAACCACCCCACGUUUAAGGAGAGACUCUGACGCGUCUCCCGACCAGAUUCUGGUUGAACUGUCCCAGAGCAGAGUGUAGGGAGUGAGUUCCAGCCAAAGCAUGCCGUUUUGCACCUGAACCCAGUGCCUCCGGGACCUCUCUUUGGAGAAAGGCUGUCUGUUGCAACAAGAGGACAAAAUCAUGGACGAGGAAGAGUUUUCUUUUUGAUCAAGAAGGACUUUUAACAAAAAAAUCUAAAAAAAAAAAUAUCAUAAAAGACAGACAAAAAGAAUGAAUGAAUUGUAUGUAUGGUGCAUGAAUUGGGGACAUCUCCCGGACAGCAGAUACACUGGUACUUUACAAAAACAGUCUGAGGUAAGCAUGUGUGCACUGUGAAUGUCUGCGAUUGGCUCACCGGCCCCACGUGACCAGGAAGUGCAGGAGCUGUGGCGGUCCGUGCGGUCUGGGGCUGGUGCCGUGUUGCUGUGGACUGAAUGGGAUUCUUGGGGCGAGGAGCACUUGUGUUUCUGCCCUGUGGCAAUGUGAGGUCGGGGCAGGGAGACCAACCUGCUCGUGUGGCACCCGAACCGGUGGAGCGGGGUGAUUAUCGCCCCCUGUCUGUGGUCCUGGGCAGAGCGGUUUGAGGGCAGGUCCAAAUGCCCCUCAGGUCUGUGUCCCACUCGACCCUGACGCCCCGGUCACUGUAUGACAGGAGCUUUUUUGGUGUUUUUUGGUGCAGCUACUAAAUGUGCAAUGUGUUAUGUAGCCUGGUUUAUUAUUUUUUUACAAGCUACAAAGCUCAUUUGUAGUCCAAUUGUAUAAGCUGUGUGCUUAGAGGUAUAACACAACUAUACUAUAACUUCCGUAUCAUAGACAGGUGUUGCAUGGUUCUAGGGUUUGUUCAUUUCCUGUUUCCACUGUAAUCAGGACUGCAAAUAGUUCAAUUAAAGUGCAGCUAAAUGCGAGCGGUUAAAUGUUACAAUAUUGUACAUAAAGCCUUGAUGAUUUCUACAUUCACCCAUCACUCUGGACAAGCCGCCACUGCUUUAUCUAAUCACGGAUAUUGUUUGCGUUCAUCUGAUGCUACGAGGAUGUGCUUUUUUAAUUUUUGUACUUUUCGGUUUUCUAUGGAAUAAUGCACUGUUGACCUUAAUGGUGCCUUAUGCAAGUGACUGAGCCCUGAGGGGACGUCACAUUUCUUUGUAUGGGUGAUUUGACCUGCUCUAUCAAGGCUCAAUUACAUGUGAUUUUUAUUGACAAUGUUUAAAUGUAAAAUUGCCCCAAAAAGGACCUUUUUUUUGUUUUUAGCACUAGUCUCUGUCAUGUACCACCUUCAAGUCAAGCCACAAAUUGUAAAUACGACAACUUAAUGUAUGUUUAAAGCACUUACCCAUUCAUUAAUUAAAGUUGUUAACUACUGUGUAGUAUGUGCCAGUCUAUCACAAAGCCCCCCCUUCCUCCUCCUUCUCCUCUUCCUUCUCCUCCUCCUCUCCCCCCCCACCCCAUUUCCCAGCAUCCUCUCGGUCUCCUCCUUGUCCUUCGACGCACAGGUUGGGGACCGAAGGAAAAACGCUAAAGAUUUAUUGUAAUUAACAGGCAGCAGUUGGACAGGGCUCGCCUUGUACAGACCCAACGUAAUGAAUCGCUAAAGGUUUUGUUGGCGUGGGAUUUGUCACAGACUGCUGACGCUGUAGGCUGCGUAUUGACCUGUCUGGUGUUGCGUUGUUUUAGCUGCAACAGUAUUAUGAAAACUACCACGGGGGUAAGAGAGAGAGAGAGUCAGCGUGGGGUAGGAAAGGGGAAGGGGAAAGGGGGCGACACAGCGAGCUGGUUUACUUGGCACAAAGAAAUGUCCCUAUGCAGCUAAUAGUGAAUAAUUGUUGAAAAGUCCUGGAAAAAGAGCCAGCUACCUUCUCCUUGGAAAUCCGAUGUUGCAGGCUAUAGAUUUCAGAUCGGAAAGCGCUGCGUUGGACAGAGGAAUACUGGUUCUCUACAGGCAAAUAUACGCACCUAUUUUUCAGUGAUUGAGCCUUGAUGUAGCUUUAAAACUUUGCUCACAUUUUCAUCACUUCUCAUUAUACCACUACCGUUAAUGUCGUUCAAAAUACACACACAGCUCUUUGUUCCGAAUCUUUGUAUAAAAAAAAGACAAAAAAACAACUUUUGUAAAAUUGUUAUGUUUAUGCUUUAUGAAAUUUUUAUUUGAAAUUGUUUUGCAAAAUUGUUAUAUUUCUGUAUGAAUGUAUUUUUUAUUGGAAUAAUAAGAAAUUCUUAUCUGA